AGGGGCGGGCGGCAGCAGCGGCGGCAGCAGCAGCGUGGUACCAGCCGCAGCGUGGUGCCAACAUGGGCCGCAAGAAGAAGAAGAAGGGUCUGGGAGGUCGUGAGGGGCGGCUGGUGGUGACUUUCGACGAGGAGAAGCGAAGGGAGUACCUGACCGGCUUCCACAAGCGGAAGGUGGAGCGGAGGAAGGCGGCGCUGGAGGAGAUCAAGCGGAAGCUGAAGGAGGAGCAGAGGAAGAUGAAGGAGGAGCGGCACCAGGAGUACAUGAAGAUGCUGAGCGAGAGGGAGGAGGCGCUGGAUGAGGCCGAUGAGCUGGAGCACUUGGUGACAUCGCAGACAGAGUCUGUCAGCAUUGACCACCCAAACCACAUUGUAACUGUCACCACCAUCAGUGACUUGGACCUCUCAGGAGCACGCCAGCUGGGACUGACCACCCCUGUGGGGAAAAGUGAUGGAUCAGAAGAAGAGAAAGGAGAAGAGGUGGUGAACAAGCCUCUGCGAGCAAUGCCCAAGAAGUCCAGAAACCCUUUGCUGUCUGAGAAAAUCUGUUCUCUUACUGCCACGCUGCAUAUGCACAGCCAGAAAAAGACAAAAGGAAAGAGACUGCAACGUGGGCAAGGCCCACGCAAGAAAAUCCAGAAAUCCACGGGACGAACGACUAAGACUCAGCGCCGGAGGUUGACAGGCAAAAUGAACCAUGACCAAGAUUAAGGGAGAGAUCAGUGCUCAGACCAGCAGCUGAGACAGAGCUCCACACCUGGACUGCUGCUCUUUGGGCCCCCUUCAUUAUGGGCCUUUUUGACUUGGCUCUCUGACUAGCAGUGAGCCCGGGUUAGCCUGUCUCUUGUCUCGAGAGUGCUCGCCACAGCGAUUAGAUACUCCCCAUUUAUUUCUGCAGGGACCUCCAGCUAAGUGCCUGGGUGCCACAGAGUCUCCACACACUUCUGCUGGAGGUCACGUACUCUGUUUGGCAUAAUCCAGCAGUCCUUGGGCCUCUCUUUCCAGAGCUAAUACUUGGCUUUAUCAGAGGAGCGGAUCUGGGGCAGAGUGCAACAGGCACAUUGUCGGAGCAAUUUGAGGCUUGGAAGAGCUCUGCUUCCACUCAUACAUCAGUGCCCUGGCAUUUCUGCUGUGCAGUAAAUCCUUUUUCCAUGGAGGUGUGGCGUCCUCUUGUCCCAUGUGUUUCUUCUUCAGUGCCACACCUGAAUGCGGGGAUUCUUCUUGUUUGGUACCCAUGCCAGGUGAAAUUAGUAACUUUGUGAAUAAACCCUUACAAAGUCAUUUUGCUAAGAAAAGAAACCCCAACCAUUUGUGACUUAUUUAAAGUGUAACAAGCUGCUGUGCUAAUGCCAAUACCAGCUGGAAAGAGGGAAGACAAUUCCUAAUGCUUAAAGAAUAUUGAAAUCUGCUGGUGCUUGGAAAUGAAAUAGCUAGGAGCUAUUUCUGUGGUAACACAGAGCCAGCCAGAGCAGGAACGGCUCAUUCCAUUGUCUGCUGAAUAUGCUGAUCUUAAUUCUGAUAGCUCAGGGGAGUAUGAAAUGCCCUAAUGCCCUUGCUCUGUGUGUGUGGCCCUCUGAGAUGGGAGGGGCAGAAGCUGCCCUUUACCUCAUGGCUGCUGCAGUCAGCAGCUAAUUGCCUUUCUUCUUGAGACUUCAGUAUUUGUUUUUUAGCAUGGAUGCCUUCAGCAUCAUAGGGGAAGGUUUGCAUGUUUGUGGUUGUGGCAAAACUGAGUAAAAAAAGUGAGCCUAGGCAGCAUACUGGAGUGUGUCCUGGAGUAUCUGCAGAAGAUGGUGGCCAUUCUCCUUCUGUCAGCUGGGCCUCCUCCCAUGCCACAUGUGUACUGGCAGGGAAAUGACACAGGAAGAAAAGGCCUGUGUGGCCAAAACCCACACCAGAAAAUUGGCAACACAGCAGUGGGCAAGCACAUGGAUUCCUCAAGCCAGAAAUGGGAGGGGAAAGUAAACCAGUGCCUGAGGCUCCGUGGAGGAACAUCAGAGCAAUGCUGAUGGCUACCAGCCACUAAAGCUAACAGCACCAGCUUGACGUAUCUGCCCCAUCAUUUCUUGGAGCAUGCACAUGUGUGUGCACACAAAUUCUUCAGUGUUGGCAGUGUGAUCCCAACACUGACAGCAAACACAUAACUUCUGCUAGAGCAUGUUCUGGAAGGAGCUGGGUGACACACGUGGUGAGGAGCAGGAUCGUUUUGCACCUCCCUUCUGAAGAAGGUAAAUGAUGGAGAAGUGGAUGCUGUUAGCCAUGUGCUACUGGUGCCUUGUGUGCUUGGACUCAUGAGUCCCAUCCUGGGCUGAGUUGUUGGGCAGUAAUGGUGAAUAACCUCAGUCACAUCAUGGAAGAGCAGUGUGUGGUUUCCUCAUCUCCAAAACAGCUCUCCCAUAUUGCCUUAAAGCUUGGGAGGUUUAAUGCACAACCUUGCCCAUCUUCUUGUCUCACCCUGGGGUGCUGGCUGUUUCAGAGCUGCAAAGACACAAUUUAGAAGCAAGGCCAUAAGUCUGAUGCUGGACUGCAUCUCAUCCAAAGUGUCAAGAGGAGCCACGUGUGGAGCAUGAACUCUUUCUUCUCUUUGGCAUUUCUGCAGUGACUGGGUUUGAGAAAAAUGUAGGAGGAAAGGGGAGGGAUGUUCUGUUUGGUGUACCACACCAAGGCACAGCAGCUCAAAGCUGGAGGACAGUGUGUGACACCCUCAUUCUGGGUUGUACAGCAGCUUUCCCUUUUCUCCAGGACGUAGUGCCUUGUGGGUUGACUAUGGGCAGGAGGGAACUUGUGCUCCCCCAACCCCAGGAGUUUCCUCUGGAGCUGGGAUGGCCACUAAAGGAAAUGUACAGUCUGUGUGUUUGUGGAGCCUGAUGAAACACGGAGGGUGAACUGUGGCCUGGGUUGCCUCCUGUAGACAGCCUGGCAUAGUGGCUGGGGUAGCACUGGAUUUACCUCGUUGUAAUCCUGAUGGGAUAUUAAGAGUGACCUCAAUAGUU